AUGGGUUGGUUCAAGAAGUCCCUACUCUUGGUUGGUGGCACGUUCACAGCCGCAUACAUAUAUGACAACACAUUUGGAGACGGUAUUACAAACCGAGUUAUUCGAACACUGAGCACUUUAUUGUUGAUAUCUGCUGAUUACAAGAUGAAUUUCGGUGAAGAAAAGGAUGUCAAAGCACUACAUGAACGUAACUCUCAACGUUUGUACGAUUUGGUGACUACAAAUAAAGGCUUGUUCAUCAAAAUAGGACAGAUGAUUGCCAUCCAAGGAUUCAUGCUCCCAUCCCAAUAUCAUGAGAAGUUUAGACUGAUGUUUGAUCAAGCUCCUGAAGAUAGCUGGAAGAGUUGUGAUGCUACCCUUAGAAAUGAGUUAGGAGACAAUUAUAGGGAGGAGAUUUUUUCGUCGUUAGAGGAGAAACCUAUGGCCAGUGCAUCCAUUGCGCAGGUGCAUCGUGGUAUACUAAAAGAAAAUGGACGGGAAGUGGCAGUGAAAAUUCAAAAACGGUCCGUCAUCAAGCAGGUUAAUGCAGACUUUAUGACAUAUAAGCUCACUAUGAAGCUGUACGAAUGGAUUUUUGGUUUGCCUCUUACGGCAUUUGCUAACUAUGUUUGUGACAAGACUUCCGAGGAGUUGCAUUUUAAGCAUGAGCUUUCAAAUGCUCAGAAAAUGUCCAAAUUGAUUGAUUCCGAUCCAGAGUUCAAAGGGAAGGUGUACGUUCCGGAAUAUUACCCUGAAAUUUCUACUGAUAAGGUCUUGAUUGGAGAAUGGAUUAAUGGUGAUUCAAUUGGGGAAUAUUUGAAGUUGAAGGAUAAAGGCUACGAUAUCAAACAACUCAUGGAAACAAUUACGAAAGUAUACUCUAGACAAGUGUUUGACUGGGGUGUGGUUCACUGUGACUUACAUCCGGGAAACUUGCUAGUCAGAAAGAUGCCUAUUGCACCUGAUAGCUCAACAUUGCGUCAACAGCUAGUGAUUUUGGACCAUGGAAUGUACGAGGUUUUCAGUGACGAAUUUAGAUAUCAGUACAGUGAGUUCUGGAAGUAUACGAUGGAAAGAAAUUCUGAGAAGGUGAUAGAGGUGAUGAGAUCAUGGGGUAUAAAUAUGGACGAUAUGAUGCUGCCUGUCUCUGGUACGGGAGAUGUAUCUGAGUAUAAAGAACAAAUUCAUAAGUUUCAGGAAAUGUCUUACUAUAAAAGACAGGUUCUUCUCAAGAAGAGAAUGAAAACGCUCCUUGAAAACUUGGACAUAUUGCCAAUGUGUCUUACAUUUGUCAUGAGAAGUAUGAGAAUUGUCCAAGCUUUGAACAGAAAUUUUGGCUCUCCUUGUAACAGAGUAGGUAUCUUGGUAUCGGAAGCGAAUAGAACCGUUAGACUUCACAACUACAGAAAGCCUCAAAGUAUGAAAGAUUACUGGAAUGAGUUGAACAGAAUUUUCACCUACUUGGGAAUGAGGCUUUUGACGACGUUGAUGUUUGAACUGAAUCGGAUCUCCAAAUUCUUUGUACACUAUGUGAUGUUCUGGUCAUCUGCUGAUGCAAAGGACAUUGAACAAGUUUAUGAAGACGAGAUGACGGAGAGAGGAAGGGGAAUGGGAUUUGAAAAUUUGCCUACAGCUGAAGACAUUCUACAGGAACCAGAACCAAUGGGUAACAUGUAA